CGUAAAACUGUAAAUAUUAUAAUAUUCCAGCUUUUAUGUAUUUAAUAUAAAUUCAAAAAUUUUCUUUGGUUUUGCUGAAGACUCGGGGAUUGUAUUGAUUCAAGAACCUUAAUUUUCAUUUGGAAACAAAUUGCAGAAACACUGGCCUCAAGUCCUUAGUUGAAUUAAAUUAUUCAAAGGAUGAAAGUCUUAAUCCUAUUUCUUCUUCUUGAUCUCCUAGCGACACUGGCACUUUCUGGCAACGUCAACAGAUUUAAAAGAGGAUUCCUUUCACGCACGGGGAUAUGUCCAGAUCCCAGUCGUAAUUUCCAGAAACGUGAUCGUCGCCUGAAUUAUUUUGGCAAUGCUAUCGUAAUUAAGAAGGGAGGUAACAAAGAAGUAACGUGUUUGGAAAGUGAAUGUGUUGAAGACAGUCACUGUGACGCCGAUAGAAAAUGUUGUAAGAAUCGUUGCGGGGGAAUGGUUUGCACACGAACUGUGCGAGAUCCAGAUCCUUGUGAGAAUUUUGCUUGUCCACCUCAACAAACAUGUAAAAUUCAUCGGGUAAAAUGCAUAAUGCCUGACUGUAAAGAUGCGUAUGCAUUAAAUCGACCCACUUGUGUUCCAGACAGCGAAGCGACAGUCCUUCAAAACGACGACGACAGACUAUCAACAGCGUCGCCAAAUGAACUAUCUACAACUACAGGUGCAGCUUUUACAACAACUACUGGCUCUAGCCAGCAAUUGUAUGACAUGGGAAACCAGUAUCAACAAUCAUAUUAUGGCAAUAGUCAACAAAUGUCAGGAAUAAAUAGUUUUGCUCCACAAACAAGUUACUACGCAGGAAAUCAACAAACAAGUAAUAAUUACGGGAAUGGACAAGGUUACAAUUGGCAACAGAAUGACUACCAGCAAGGGUGAACAGAUUUAAUAUAAAAC